UUUGCGCAGUAAGGAUGAGAAAUGUAAUAUGGCGAUGGUCGCGUCGAAUAUGAGCGGCCACUUACAAAGUCAGUUAACACGUUCGUUGGAAAAAAUUUUAGAAGAGGCUCACCUGAGUGGAGAACUGAGACUAACUGGACGCAAGCUAAAGGACUUCCCGCUCGUCCGCGGGAAAUACGACCUCAGCGACACAGUUAUUGCAGGUAAGCCACCAUGGAUGAUCAUGCUGCAGUGGUCGAAUUCCGAUUCACCGUAAGGUGCAGUCACAGCU